AUGGCCCAGCUGGGUGGUGCUGGGCAGGACACCCUGGCUGCCGCCGGCUGCAACCUGGCGGUGCUGCGGGCGGCGGGGGGCCGGCGGGGCGGCCGGCACUCCCACAUCCGCCUGCUGCUGCUGCAUCGCGCCGCCGACCUGCUGGUGACGGUGGCGGUGAUGCCGCUGGACGCCGUCUGGAACAUCACGCUGCAGUGGCGGGCGGGCGACCUGGCCUGCCGCCUCCUCAUGUACCUCCGGCUGCUGGCCAUGUACGCCUCCGCCUUCGUCACCGUCGUCAUCAGCCUGGACCGGCAGGCCGCCAUCCUGCGCCCGCUGGCCAUCACCCACGCCCGGAGGAGGAACCGCAUCAUGCUCUACGUCGCCUGGCUCCUCAGCGCGGGGCUCUCAGUGCCGCAGCUGUUCCUCUUCCGCACGGUCACCCUUCGCCCCCCGCACAACUUCACCCAGUGCACCACGCGGGGCAGCUUCCCCCAGCCCUGGCAUGAGACCCUCUACAACAUGCUCGGCUUCGCCUGCCUCUUCCUGCUGCCGCUGCUCAUCAUGGUCUGCUGCUACGCACGCAUCCUCCUGGAGAUCUCCCGGCGCAUGGGCUCCAGCCUCUUCUCCUCCCGGGACAUGUCGCUGCGGUGCUCCAGGAACAACAUCCCGCGGGCACGGCUGCGCAUGCUGAAGAUGAGCCUGGUCAUCGUCUCCUCCUUCAUCCUCUGCUGGACCCCUUACUACCUGCUGGGGCUGUGGUACUGGUUCUGCCCACGGGCCAUGGAGAAGAAGGUCUCACCGGCCCUCACCCACAUCCUCUUCAUCUUUGGCCUCUUCAAUGCGUGCCUGGACCCCAUCACCUACGGGCUCUUCACCAUCCCCUUUCAGAGGGGCUGGGGCUGCCCUUGUGGGCACGGCCCCGAGCCCCAGCCGCCCUCCCCAGCCACCGGCUCCUUCCGCUGCUCGGCCUCCUCCCUGCCGCCCAAGCGGGGUGCCGGGGUGCGGGGGCAGCGGGUGCCCACUGGGCUGGGGCUGCCUGCUGGGGCCAGCUCCUGCCAGAGCAGCUCCCUGUGA